GGUUGGCCACAAUGGCUACAUGCCAGUUAAUAGAAGAAGACGUUUGCAACUAACCUAUUCUGCCAUUUGAAGCAUUUGAAACAAAAUAGUAAAAAUAUGCCAAUUUUAAUAUUGCUGGUUUGGCAAAGUGCUUGAUUUUCCGAGUGUUGUUUCCAUACAUUCCUUAUCAGUUGCCCUCAGUUCGAGUCAGUGCCCACAAAUGCCGACUUCCAGAAUAUUCAGUAUCCAGCAUGUCCUUUUUAUCGCAGCCGUAUAUAUCGAACUGGUAAACAAUGCUUCAGUGGACUCCCAAGGAUUAUACAACCAGAAGGAUAACGUGGAAAUACUGACGGCAACUAAUUUCAAGCAAUCAGUCACCAACAGCAAUCGGGCGUGGCUUGUGGAGUUUUACAACAGCUGGUGUGGCUUUUGCCAAAGAUUUGCGCCCUCCUGGAAGGAUUUUGCCAGCGAUGUGAAGGGGUGGUCGGAUUUAGUGGCUGUCGCCGCCCUGGAUUGCGCCAGUGAAGCCAACCACGGCCUAUGCAGAGAUUAUGAGAUCAUGUCCUAUCCGAACCUCCGGUACUUCCGUGAAGGAUUCCAAGAGGAGCCAAAUAACUACGGCUUUGCCAUGCAUCGAGGCGUAACUGCUGAGGAUCACAGACAUGACUUGGUCAAAGUAAUUGUUAAUGAGCAGACGCUAGGAAGAGGCGCGCACUUUCCCAAUAUGUUACCAUUCACCUCCAACAGUCUAGAUGGGAUUUUUGAGGGCGCAGCCCCUGCAGUCCAGUAUGCAAUUCUGACCGUCCACGAGCCAACCUCAUUGAUAGGGCCUGAACUGGUUCUCGAUUUGCACAGCAGCCCCAAUAUCACCUCACGAUACGCCUUUACCAACAACACAAAAUUGGCCUUAAGUCUUCCCAGUGGACCUUUGCCAAAUUUAUUUAUAAUCAACCGAAGUUUACACCCGGUUCUCUUAGUGCCAAAGAGCUACGACAGGCAGGGGAUGCUCGACGCAAUUGAACAGAAUCUCAAAGGGAAAGAUAUCGUUUUCCCCAAAAAUCCGCACAAGACAAACGACGAGGCUGAGGAUGAGGAAAAGCAACCACCCAGUUACUUAGUGCAGAACAUGCAGGAUUCCGUCUUCCAAAUGGACCUUGAGACUGCUUUGAGAUACUCCCUCAAAAGAGAAGUGGGCAGUUCGAAAGAAAUAUCGGGUGAAAAGUUGACCGCUUUGAGGAACUACCUUGAGGUAUUAGCUGAUUACUUUCCCUUGGGCCUCAAUGGCAAAAAGCUGCUGAAACAAAUCCACUCAAUGGCCCAAAUUAGCCAAGUAGUGCAAGGCAACGAAAUCGGCAAGCUUAUUAAGGAAGCGGAAGCGGAAUCCAGACAAGUGUUUUCGACUCCGCAAAAGUGGCUGGGAUGCCAAGGAAGCAGCCCCGAGUUCAGAGGCUACCCUUGCGGGUUAUGGAAAAUGUUCCACUAUCUCACAGUCAAUGUGGCCGAGGUGAAUGCGAAAAAUAGAUCAACCAAUCCGCGCCUCGCUCUACAAGCGAUGCAUGGAUACGUGAAGCACUUCUUCGGCUGUGCGGAUUGCAGCGAACAUUUCCAGGAAAUGGCCAUUCGAAGGAAAAUUGAGGCAGUCGCAUCGCUGGAGGAUGCAGUUUUAUGGCUGUGGCAAGCGCACAAUGAAGUGAACAAACGCCUCUCUGGCGAUCUAACGGAAGAUCCCAAGUUUCCCAAGAUGGAGUUCCCGGACAAACGCAACUGCCAAAGAUGUCGAAACCCUGAUGAAUCUUGGGACUCUGGCGAGGUGCUCAAAUAUCUUAAACGCAUGUACAGUAGUGUGAACAUCCACUAUAUGGGCGCUGAUACCAGUAUCAUUUUCCUAGGAUUAGAGGGACAUCGCACCGAGGGGCUACAGGAGGAAGAUGUACAGUUACAAGCACGAUCUACUAGGAAAGGUUUAACAAGCGAAACCAACCCAGAUGGUUUGUCGUCGGCGGCAACAGCAAAAGAUAAGGCAGUUUUUCCGUUUCUUAUGUUGUCUGUUUUAAUCAGUUUCGGCGCCGGCAUCGCUUAGGGUUUUUGCAUGCGAUCAUUUUUAUAUCAACAGUAACCUUCGAUAGGUAAACUGGAUACUAUUUACUAACUGGGUUGAAAUCAAAUUCUAUAGUUUUCUUAGUCACUAACAUGGAAUGCCUCACAACUGCAUGACAAGGUAUUUCUCUCUCGCUGAUUUUUUAACCAUUGCUAGAGGCCUUUUUAACAAAGUUUCUCUUUGGGCAUAUCUUCUCCCUAAUUUUCCUGCAGGACCACCACUAAAGCUAGACAUAUUCAAGAUAUGUGUGUGUGUGUGUGUGUGUUUCAAUUCCAAAUCAAAAUUAAUUCCUGGGUUUCAGUCA